AUGGCUCCUUACACGAAGCCUUUAGAACCGUCAAUCGCGGCGCAGGUUGCGGUACUCUGCAGUUUUCCCAAAUUCGGCUUUCAGGUUCGGGACGUGCGGUGCGGGUGGGAGGAUGCGGAAUUCGCGGACCGGUUCACGGUGCACGUGCCGUGCGGUUGGGACAAGCUAGAAUGGUACGUGCAGUUCAACAGCAGUCGGCCGUGGGACCCACCUGACGUCAUCUUCCACUCCUCGCCUGAUGGCCUCUGCUUCCAGCCUCUGCUGCUCCCAGGUGGCACGGGCAAUGACAGCAGCAGCUGGGGGCUGCUCAAGGACUGGCAGCACAACGACUCCUAUCGCCUGCUGCGCCUCCUGCUGCACCUCAGGGCGUUGUUCCUGCAGCAGCAGCGGCAGCAGGCGGAGGCAAUGGAGGAUGGGCGGGUGAAGUUCGAGCUCAGCACACUGGCGCAGCAGGAGUUCGAGGUCUAUGCUCCGCUUAUGGUAGGCAAGUCGACUCCAGAGGAGCUGCAGCUGGCAGUGCCGGUGCUGGGAAUCGAUCUCCGCCCUCUCACUCACUUCAGUGUUGGUGGGUGCUGGGGGAUGCUGAUGGGUGCUGGGGAUUGCUCGGGCAACCUUCACCUCAGGCUGCUUGCGGGUGGGUUAUGGGGGCACCCGCACACUCCCCCACCUGCACUCCACGCCCACCCCUCUCUUUCUCCCUCAUCCCCCUCACUCACAGUUCAAGUUCCCCCUCACUCACAGUUCAAGUUCCCCCUCACUCACAGUUCAAGUUCCCCCUCUCUUUCUCCCGCAUCCCCACAACAGAUCAAGUUCCCCAUCUCAGGAACCAGUGGCAGCGCCAACGGCAAGACUUCCACCCCCCAGUUGAAGCUCGGAGGCCCACCGCUCCUCCUCUCCCUCCUUGGAUUUCCAGAAACCAAGCUGCCUGCUUGGACAGACACCAUGUGCACAGUUGCGUAUCUGCCUGAGCUUGCUGCGUUCAUCCACCAGCGACUUGAUACUGCUGUCUCUUCCAUGCAAAGCCGGGCAGAGUUUAUUUCUGCUCUGCCCGCGGUAUUCGGGCAACCUUUAGAAACUGACACGCAACUGUUCUCCCACACCACACUCUUUGUGUCGGCCAACAGCUGCAUGUGCCUGGUGCGUGCCCCCACACUCCCUGCAUGUGCCUGA